AUGAGCAAAAUCGGAGGACCUCGAUUGAGUACGGUCGGUCGUGGUUUACAUGGACCGGCUGUUAAAGCAUUAUUGACUACCUACACGUUGAUGGCACCAUUACGUUUGAGUUCAACUAACAUUCAUCCGAAUGCCAAAUGGAUACAGAAUGGUUCCGCUGUCGAUGGAGGAAAUGGACAACUCCCUAACCCACACGGUUUGUAUGUUGAUGAUGAUCAAACUGUCUAUUUGGCUGAUACAUCUAGUCAUCGUAUUGUGGAAUGUGGUGGGACGAACAGGCAAGUGGUUGCUGAUGAAAAUGGAGAAAGAAGUGGUGCUCAUCAAUUGUCUUUACCAAGAGAUGUGAUUGUCGACAAAGCGAGAGAGGGUCUCAUCAUCUACGAUUGGAAUAAUAGGAGAGUAGUUCGAUAG